GCCGGCACACCAGGAGCAAUGUUGAGGUUUAAAAAAAUAAUUAAACCGGGUGCCUCACUCUUGUCUCGAUACGCCUAUCAGAAUCAAAUGGAGAAGCGCCUGAGCCAAUGUACGCGCUGUGCGGGCCAGCCCCUGAAUCUGAAUGCAUCCGCUAGGGCGCAUUAUAAAUAGGCUAAGUCCUGGCCGGCAACCCUUGGUCGUGCAGAAACGCUCAGGGUUGCAACAGAAACACCCGCCGCCUUUUUUCUUUGCAUAUUUAUAAACGCAUCGUAUCCCAUUUCUAUUCUUACCAAGGUUCGAGUUAUUUUUGAGGCCAGUUGCAUGCAUUGUUCGUCUCCAAAAAUGGUUUGCGAGACAAAAAUUGUUGCGGAUGAACACGAUGCCAUACAAGGGACAAAAAAAGAUUCUAUUAUCCUUUCCUCCUCGCAAAUGUGGACUUCUUCCACACCGGCACCGAAUCCUCUCGAGGAAAAUGAUGUGAGGAAAGAUACGGUUUUGAUCCGCGAGUUUGAGCGCACGGACCAUGUGGAAGUGCGCCGCAUCUUUUAUGAGGGGAUAAUGGAGAGAAUACCCAACACCGCGUUCAGAGGCAUAUUACAGCAAAGUCAAACCCAAUUCGUAUAUGCUCUUCUGACACUGAUGUGCUUUGUUGUGACCAAAUCCCUCGCGCUGACCUGCUGCGCGCCGUUCCUUCUCAUGGGCGCGCGCUACUUCUACAGCCACAAAGUCAUCCACAGCUAUCUGGCCUGCGCGCUCCACACUGACAUGGCAGACAUCGAGGAGUAUUACAUGAAACAUACAGGCUCAUGUUUCUGGGUGGCAGUGCUGGAAGGUCAGGUGGUCGGCAUCGUGGCGGCGCAGGGCCGGGAGGACGACAACACGGUGGAACUACGCCGCAUGUCGGUGGACUCGCGCUUCCGCGGCAAGGGCAUUGCCAAGUUACUGGGGCGUCGUGUGCUAGAGUUCGCCAUGCAUAACAACUACGCCGCCGUCGUCCUGGGAACCACCGCCGUCAAGAUGGCCGCCCACAAGCUGUAUGAGUCGCUGGGCUUCCGGCGGACCGGCGGUAGCGAGGAUUACAUGCUGCCCGGAAUGAGCCGCUCGCCGCAAGAGAGGCUCUUCUUCCAGAUCCGUUACCAACGCUACCGUCUGCAGCUCCGUGAGGAGUGAGGGAUGGGAGAGAGGGAGAGAGGGAUGGAGAGAUGGAGAGAGAAAGGGGGAGAGAGCAACAACACCACCUCCUCGAGGCAGUGCCCCUCGCCCAACGAGCCUCGACCAAGUCCUUCUCCUCUGACAACUUUAUUUAUUUUAUAUUAUUAGAGUUACUUCUUCUUACUACUACUGUUUCUAUUCAUUCAUCUUAAGUCACUAACUUUUUAUUGGUUUUAGUUUAUUUUUAUUUAUUUUUUACAUUUUGAAUUUAGUGCCCCCCCCUCCCCCGAAUACAUUUAUUUACUUUUUUUUACCCUGUCCUGUUGUAAAAAUUAAAAAAAUCCCCAACAUAUAUCACCAUCCCAUGCCUUUUCAAAUGACAUCAUCAACUGAGUGUUCCCUUUGCUUUUGAUACCAUGUGAUUGUUCCUUACCGUAUUCAUUACCUCUACCAGCCCCUCCAACAUCUACCCCCUCCUGCUCAAUACGUGGCAUUUCUAUCUCAAACGCACCCUGUCUCUCAUUAGCCCACUUAAGCCCUCUCCAUUGUCACAACAACGUGUGUACCCAAAAAGACCUAGACAAAAAGACUAAGUAGGUUGGCAUUUGUCCAGCCACUUCAGCACAGCCCAUAUACCAGCAGCCCUGUGGAGAGACAAGAGGAACAAAUCAAAUCUAAUGUUAUUGGUUGCUUACGCAUAUUUGAUGGAUGUUAACACAGGUGCAGAGAAAUGCUUGUGUUUCUAGUUGCAACAGUGCAGUAAUAUCUAACAAUACAAAACAAUACACACAAAUCC